AUGCGAUUCUCCGCCACCACGCUCCUCAUCACGGCGCUGGGAUGGAUCACCGCCGUGACCGCCCACAACAUCCAGCUCAAGGCUCACUCGCGAGAAUGUUUCCACGAAUCGCUGCACAAGGAUGAUCGCAUGACGGUGACCUUCCAGGUCGGGGAUCGGGAAUUCGGCGGAAGUGGCAACUUGGAGAUUGAUUUCUGGGUCGAGGACCCCUCCAGUAACCGCCAGUACUACCGACAAGCCAUUUCGUCCGAAGAUUACUCGUUCGACGCCCACUCCGACGGCAAAUACGUCUACUGCUUUAGCAACGAAGGCUGGACCUCCAACUCCAAGGAAGUGUCUUUCAACGUCCAUGGAAUCGUGUACGUCCCGGAGUCGGAAAUGGAGCAGGAUCCUCUGGAGACCGAAGUUCGUCGACUUUCGGAGGCUUUGGCCCAGGUUAAGGAUGAGCAGUCUUAUAUUGUGGUGCGAGAGCGCGUGCACCGGAACACGGCGGAGAGCACCAACGCCCGAGUCAAGUGGUGGAGUAUCUUCCAGCUUGCGGUGCUGAUUGGCGAGGGUGUUUUCCAGGUGUGGUGGUUGAAGAGAUUCUUCGAGGUCAAGCGUGUGGUCUAA